AUGCGAAUCAAGCCCAGUGCAGCGGUGCACGAGGAAGCUUAUGAUGUUGUAAAGAGUCUUCCUCGCCGUGUCAAUGAUAUUAUUCACUUCAAUGGACUCGAGAAGGACAAGCUGGGUGUCGUGGGUCCGUUCGUUAUGCAAGAUCUACUGACAGUCUGGGAACCGAGAAACUAUUUCAACAAGGCCAAGGGGAAGGAUCGACAGGUUUUCCUCUUCGAGCAAGCUAUAGUUAUCGCGAAAAAGGUGGAAUUCACGCCGAAGAAUGUCAAGUACAUAAUCAAAGGGAAGCCUAUUCCUCUGGCUGAUGUCUCCGUCGUGGAACACGUGGAAGGAGAUCCCUGUCGCUUUGGACUUCGUGUUGGUACGGUCGCCAGUAAUGAGAAUCGCAUCGAUUUACGAAGUGCACCGCAGCCAAAGGAAGAUGUAAAGAUCAUGUGGGUGAAGCGGAUUCGUGAACUCACCCAGACACUUUUGCCUCUCAAUCUGGGAGUGGGAUUGGAGGGUGUGCCGUCAUCUGGCGGUUCUUCAACGCCAGCGUCUGUCUCGACGCGGUCAUCGAAUGCGUCGGCUAACUCCGCUGAAUAUGAAUCUCGUGACACUGAUGAGACGUCUUCGCUUGAAUCGCAACGGUUGUCUCUCCAAAGUGUCGAUAGUAAUCAG